AUGGACGUUGGAUCAAUGACCCAACCUUCACUCAUGGUGUUGCAUGACGAUAGGCAAUUGACCAAAACGGGAAAGGAUGAGAAUGUGUGUGGUGAGUUCCUUUGCUUGACUUGGAAUCCACACCAUCCCUCAUCAGAAGUAGUUCGUCUUCCAACUCCGUCGAUGCCACUGAAGCCGAUCGCGCAAGGCGACAUUGAGCAUCGAGUUCAGGGUCGCUAG